UGCCUCGGCUACGAUAGACCGAGAUGAAAGAUUCCCCCGGCGGAGAUAAGAUGCAAUAUCACACGAUAUCGGAUGCGUCCGAAGUUGAAGAUUACCCUUUCUUAUAUUCGUAUUAACUAUUACGGAAUAGUUAGUCUUGAAGGAUGCGAUAUACAACUCAGCGUUGUAUUAUAACCUACCUAGCAAGUGAACCCCUCAUCAAAGCUUCGCUUUUCGGCGAUUACUCGAAUUCUGACUGGCUUACCUUUUAUAUAGUGAACUAUGUUGCGUUUAGAGCAAUGCCACCUUCUAGCAAUUAACAUCAUCUGUCUUUAGACUAAACAAGGCUAGAAGAGGGACAUUAUAGCACUUACAAAAUCAUACCAGUAAAGAUGUCAAAAGGAAACUGGGAAGAGCUCGCCGCCAAGAAGCGCCAGGAGUUGGCGGACUCGAUUCCCCAGGAAUGGCACAUCCCAAGCCAUCUCCUACCACCCGCCGACCAGGACGACGUCACCGGCUUUCCCGAGGCCUCCGGAUGGUUCACGGCCGAAGAGCUGGCCAUCACGAACCAGACGGCUGCGGAGCUUCUGCCGAAGCUCGCGUCCGGAGAGUUGAAAUCCGAGGCCGUCACGAGGGCUUUCUGCAAGCGCGCCGCCGCGGCUCAUCAGCUGGUCAACUGUCUCUCGGAGACGUGCUUCGAGCGCGCGCUCUCGACGGCUAAGAAAUUGGACGAACACCUCGCGCGGACGGGCAAGCCGAUCGGUCCUCUGCACGGACUCCCCGUCUCGCUCAAGGACAACUUCAACCUCGUGGGCCUAGACGCCACCGUCGGCUUCGCGUCGCAUAUCGGCGACCCGGCGACGUACGACGCCGUGAUGGCGGACAUACUGCGCGAAGCCGGCGCCGUCUUCUACGUCAAGACGAACGUGCCGACGGCCAUGAUGAUCGCCGAGUCCGUGAACAACGUGUUCGGGCGCACCGUCAACCCGCGCAACCGCAGACUGACAAGCGGCGGCAGCUCCGGGGGCGAGAGCGCGCUCGUCGCCUUUAAGGGGAGCCCGCUGGGCGUCGGAACCGACAUCGGCGGCUCGUUGCGCAUCCCCGCCGCCUGCGCGGGCAUCUUCACACUGCGGCCGAGCUUCGGGCGGUUCCCGACGCUGCGCUGCAGGUCCGGCAUGCCGGGCCAGGAGGCCGUGCAGUCCGUCAACGGCCCGCUGACGCGCACCCUCGCCGAUCUCGAGCUGUACUCCCGGGUCGUCGUCGGCGCCGAGCCCUGGCACCUGGACCCGCGGUGCGUGCCCAUCCCCUGGCGCGCCGUGCCGCUGCCGCCGAAGCUGAAGAUCGGCGUCAUGUGGCACGACGGCGUGGUGCUGCCCACGCCGCCGGUGACGCGGGCGCUGCGGCACGUUGUCGCGAAGCUCCAGGCGGCCGGGCACGAGAUGGUAGAGUGGUCGCCGGAGGACCAGGCGGCCGGUUUGAAGCUGAUGAGCAGCCUGUUCCUCGCGGAUGGCGCUAAGGCAAUCAAGCGGGAGAUAGAGCGGACGGGCGAGCCGGUGCGACCCGAGAUGGCGAUGUACGCCUCGGCGCAAGAGCUGGGCGUGUUCGAGUACUGGGGUUUGCUUCUCAAGCGCCAAGAGUAUCAGAAGCGGUACCUCGACCGAUGGCGGAGCGCAGGUAUCGAUGUGAUCCUGUGUCCCACGACGCCGUAUAGUGGCGUUGAAAACGGCAAGUUCAGAUAUGUUGGCUACACCGGUGUCUACAACGUAUUGGAUUAUUCUUGUAUAUCUUUUCCUACGGCGAUUACAGCCGAUAAAUCCAUCGAUGUCGCGGUUGACAACACAUAUAAGCCACUUUCAGAUUAUGAUAAGGUCACGCAAGACGAAUAUAACCCCGAGGUGGUGCACGGGAUGCCCGUAAGCCUGCAGCUAGUAGCACAGAGAUUAGAAGAAGAAAAGUGUGUAGAGAUGUGCAAGGUUGUGUUGGAUGUAUUGUCAUAAACGCGAGAUCAAACAAAAAGUUGCCUAUCCCGAAACAUAUAUAGUAUCAAUCACAUAGUAAAUAUAAGGUAAACUACCUGGGUAAUAUUAUUUGCAUAAAUGGCAACUGUUGAAGUUAUAUCUGGUG